CAUAACCUUAAUUUGUAUGACAGAGUGAUAUGAUUUUAGUUUAGUCACGAAAUCAUUAAAUUUAGUAGGAAAUAUGGCGAGUACAAAAGAACAAAAAAGCUUCUUUUUUAAAUGAAUAAAGCAAAGCUUGGAAAAACCUACUUUAGUUAACUGUAAUCUACCGGUUGCGGAGUAUAAAGCGUGUCGGCUAGAUGUCACGACUAGAAAUUAAAACAUUCCGUUUACUUUACUUCUCGAAAAAUGUCACGAGAAGUUGGGGCACACCUUAAUUUGGAGUUUGAUUCCGACGUUCUCGAUUUAAUUGCAGAACUGACAUGGAAAAAACUCAUCUUAUAUGCGUCAGACUUAGAGGCGUUCCAGAAACAUGCAAAACGUUCAACCGUGACUAGCGACGAUGUGAAAUUAUUAGUUCGUCGAAACGACUCUUUGAAGGAGUUAAUGGCGUCAAAAUUACAAGCCUUCAACGACAUUAAAGGAUCUUCGGAGUCCACCUCCAAGAACAAAAGAAAAGCUUCCAACUCUUGAUUUCUUGAUUUUUUCUUCCGUUAAAUAUCAACUCCAUUAACAAUAAAAUACCAUGUUUUCCUAAUUGCGUUCCUUUCAUUUGGUGUUCGUCAAUCUAUGGUAAUUCAAUAAAAUUUGCACAUUAGGUGGGCCCUGAUGAAUUUGCGUCUGGUCUUGAUAUGUCCAUUGCAGCCGUGCGAAAUUAAUUUUAUUUGUUUGGAAACAGGAGGAAUUGUUAUUUUGGGCAUUAAGUGGCCAAUUCGUCGAAUUAUUAUAAACGAGUAAGACCUAAUUACGCACCAUUAUGACGGAUGGUCGCCCCAAAUUCAAUUAUCGACAACAGCAGAAAGAGACGCUUCUAUGACGGAGUAAUUGUCGGUCAUUUGUAACUAUUGUUAAUUGAAAGAGAGCAAACUGUCAGUGAGAGCUCGUAAGAUCAUAAAAAACACCGAAAAUGUUUUUAGUCAAAAGAACAAUAAAUUUUAUUAUUUCGGAAGAAAAAACUUUCUAUUUUUAACUAUCUAUAUUUUGCUUUUUUGUAAGAAUAAAUAGAAGAAGCAGUAUUUACCAGUUGUUACCUCUUUGCUGGAAACAAUAAUCAGGAUUUUACCACAUGAUCAGAAAAUUAAUUCUCUCAAAGGCUUUGACAUUGGCAAAUGUUAUUUCACAGUCUUUUGGACGUUGAUUAUUUACGUAAUCAUAGGUACAUUAUGCUACUCAUAAAUCACCCUGACUUAUCAUAUAUUGUGACGUUGGUUGCUAGUGACUAGUGUCACUAUAAUG